GCUGGCGUUGGAAACCUCGGCCUCAAAGAUCAGCGCUUGGCCACGAAGUGGGUUCAAAAAUACAUUUCUGAAUUCGGAGGCGAUCCAUCCAAAGUCACCAUAUUUGGUGAAUCGUCCGGAGCGAUCGCGGUCUCGUACCACCUUCUCAUCAACAAUGGUGAUAACGAGGGUCUUUUUCGCGCUGCGAUCUGUGAAUCCGGUUCA